UUUGAUCUUUUAUACAUAGGUAAUGCCUCAUUUUCGUGAUCAUAAAAUAGCUCUGCCUUUUUUGUUGGGAGACCACCACAAUUCUUCUUCUUCUUCUUCUUCAAAUUAGCCAUUGUUAACCUCCAUAAACCCUAACUCCUCUACUGCAAUUACAAGGUUUUUGUUUUUGCAGUUACAGUCAACAAAUCAUUAUCGUUUUCAACUUUCUAUGGCUAAAAAGGGCGUGGAAGAAAACCGUCUUCGUCCGGCGAGAAAAAGAGUUAAAGCAACAUCGUUGAUUAAUAAGGCUGCUGAAGACGAGGACAGAAUUUCGAAACUACCUGAUGCCACCAUUCUACAUAUUCUGUCGUUUCUUCCCACUAAGGAUGUGGUUCCGACUAGUCUUCUUUCAAAGCGUUGGAAACUCAUGUGGUAUUCAGUCCCAACACUCUCUUUCUUAGAUACUGAAUAUAAUAGAUUGCCAUGGUACUGUGAAAGGUUCUGCGAUUAUGUGGACAAUAGUUUGGAACACCGUAAGAGAGGUAUGUUUUUUAUGGGCGAUUCUGUCAUAACUAGUUUUAAGCUUCAGAUGUAUAGCUAUUUGAAAUGCUUAGCUGAUCGCCUAGAUAAAUGGUUAGCUUUUGCGGUUCAGAACAAAGUCAAGGAAAUAAAUAUAAGCUUAAGCAGGGCAAUGGUGUUUGAUCAUCAUAACGAGCACUACUGCAUACCUAAAACACUAGUAGUAAACGCAAUACAUUUGACUAUUUUGGAGUUGAGUAAGGUGGAGCUGAAUUCUCGUUACUCAUUUAGUUUUCCAUCCUUGAAAUCAUUGUCAAUGGAUCUUGUUUUGUUUGCUGACAAUGAUGUGCUUGAUAAGUUGUUGUUAGGUUCUCCUUCACUUGAGAAGUUUCGAUUAGAUUGUUGUAGUUUGAGUACUGAUCAUCAGCUCAACAUAAUUAGUUUCAGCCUCAAGUUCUUGGAAGUUCAACUUACUAAGGAUAUAGUGGAGCAAAUUAGAGUGGCAAAUCUUGAAUCUUUGGAACUAUUCGGUGUUUACUUUGGUACAAUAAAUCUCUCAGUGUGCAAGGCAAUUAGAAAUCUUUCAAUAAAUUGUUAUUGGGGUCCGGAAGAGUCGUCAUCAUUAGAAUAUCUUAUCUCAAACCUUCCUCUCCUUGACAAUUUAACUUUGAGCAAUUGGUAUGGAUUAGGGACGAAUCACAUUAGAAUCUCGAGUAAGCAAUUGAAACGUUUCGAGUUGAAUAACCCGUUUACAGAUGAAAUGACAGUUACAAUUGAAUCAGCACCAAAAUUGGAAUCAUUUUGUUAUACGGGCAAUAUCAAAUUUAGUAUAACAAUGGUGGAGCCAUCCAAUUUGUUGAAUGGAACAUUCAUAAUUCUUGACCGACAAGGGAACUAUGAUGGAAAUUGGUUUAUCGGUUUGAUUAAUUUUCUUUUGAAUCUUAAAUGUUGUUGGAAUACAAUAAGCUUAGAUGUUGACUCAGUUGAGGCCCUCAUCGUUCCAGAAAAUUUGAAGAGUAUAUGUCGUUCUCCUUUAGUUAAUUGGGAGCAUCUUCGAGUUUUUACUGAAUGCAAACCAGAAAUGGAAUCAGAUUUGAGAGAUGCUCUGAUGUGGGUUUCUCCUUCUUUAAAGACAUUAACUAUAGCAAAGAGGGGCAUUCAUUAGAAACUUUACGGCAUUUUAAAAUAUGGUUAUGCUAUAUAGAUUAUUGUCUUAUAUUUUUUUUCCGGAUGAUUGCUAUAUUAGUAUCUAUAGAGUGAAUGAGUAGACAGGAUACUUUAGUUUGAAGAAUGUGUAUAUAUUUUUCUGCUUUCGAUUUCAGUUUUCAAUCCUACAAAACUUGACCUGUAGAAUUGUCAAGAUGUUAAUUUGCUGAAAUGUGCUGAAUGAAAACUUAAGAAUUUCUCAUGGUAA